AUGAGUCUCAUCCGUUCGCUUUGCUUCCUGAGCUUCUCGCUCGAAGUUCUCGGCGCCACCUGCUUCACGAGCCAGGAGCGCCUCCCCGGUGACCCGUGCGGAACCGAUAUCGCGGCUGCUCUGACUUCAGAGGAUCGGGUUGGAUGUUUCUGUGCUGGAAACUGGGACGCCGGUGACUAUCAGCAGCUUGAGCGUAGCACCAACCAUGGCUCCGUGGUGUACAGCAUCGAGCGAACCGACAACACCGUGCCUCUCAAGUACUGUGAAGAGGCCUUCAACAACAUCAUUGAUGAGUGCAUCCUGGACGGAAACACCUGGGGUGGUGUGUUCAGCUUCGAUGGGGAGGUCUACAACAUCUCCAACACUGUUUACCCUGACAACCCAUUACUCCCCACCGAUCAAGGAGGUCCUAUUGGACCCCUCAAACGGGAGCCCCAGACUUUCUCUAUUUUGCCCAUCUCGACGCAUACAGAGACGACCACAUCGUGCACAGAAACCACGACAAUUACCACUGAGCUCACCACGGAAAGUACCAUCACGGGAACUAUCACGGAAACAUCGCCGGGAACUUCCACGGAAAUUUCUACGGAGACUUUCACGUCAACUUCAACGUCUGUGUCUACAUACGUUCACAACGACGGAAGUGGUGCCAACUACCGUUACAUUCACGACGACCAAUGUAUCGACAGUUACGGACACGUUGACCGUGACGGACACCGUGCCGACUACGAUUAUCUCGGUGACUACAGAUGUAUCGAUCGUGACAGACAUUGA